AUGUCAACCAUCGCCAGCCCCCGCGAACCCUCCCUCUCCGGCCGCCGCAUCCCCCUCCUCUCAACACCCACCUCCUCCUCCCGCCCCAGCCUCGACACCCCCCGCUCCGACUCGUCCCCCUCACGUCCUUCCAUCCCUUCAAACACCUCCACCUCCACCAACACAUCCACAGCCGGCCCAACCCCACAACCAAAACGCAACCGCGCCGCUCUCCGCGAGUACUACAACCUCCAAAAGACCGCCGCUGCAUCAUCAUCUCUCUCAACAACAUCACAGGCUCCUAGCUCGCCGGCGAGUUCGAGUAUUCAUUCUUUUGUGGACGAUAAUGGGUUUGGGUAUGGGGAGGAGGGCGAGGGGAGCGAGAUGGAUAAGGAGGGGUUUAAUGGGGAGGAGUAUGUGAGGAAGGUGUUGGAGGAGAAGAGUCUUGGGGAGGUCCUGGCGAUAUAUAGAGGUGUGCUGGCGGAUGUGAGGGCGCUGGAUGCGGAGAGGAAGGCGUUGGUGUAUGAUAAUUAUAGUAAGUUGAUUGUGGCUACGGAGAUGAUUGGGAGGAUGAGGGAAGGAGUGAAGGUUGGUGAUGGGGCUGCUGAGGCUGGGGCUGGGACGGUCAAAGUGGGUGGGAUUGGGAUAGGGAGUGGGAGUGGGAGUAUGAGGGGGACGGGGAAAGUGGAGGGUGUUGAAGGUGUGGAGGAGCUGGUUGAGCGUGUUAGACAGGGUGUGGAGGCCCUGAGGAGAGAUGCAGAGAGUAAUGGACCCAGCAGAGAAGAGAUCGAGAAAGCGGAAAAGAGGAGGAGAUUAAGGCUUGUUGCUGAGAGGGUACUAGGCACGCCAGAUAAGGUCAGAGGGCUUGUCAAAGAAGGCAAGGUAGAUGAAGCGAGGAUAUUAUGGGAGAAAGAAAAGAAGUUAUUGGAGAGGUGGAGGGAGAGGGGCGUGGGUGGGCCGGAUGUUGGAGAGUGUAUUGAGGAUGGGGAUAGAGCAUUAAGGGGUGAGGAGGCUGUUGGUGGGAAAGAAGAAUCGAAUUCUUGA